CUAACUUUUAGCGCAUCGACACAAUUCAAAAAUACAAAAAUAAAACAUGAAAGUUUUAGAGUUAUACAGUGGUAUAGGCGGUAUGCAUUUAGCAUUAAAAGAAAGUGAUUUGGAAUACAACGUUGUAGCUUCAAUCGAAAUUAACAACGCAGCAAACGAAAUAUACAAACUAAAUUUCCCAAAUACACCCUUGUAUAAUUUAAACAUAGAAGGUUUGACCCCGGAAUUUGUGAACAAAUUAAACCCCGAUACAAUUUUAAUGUCUCCCCCUUGCCAGCCUUUCACGAGGAACGGUUUGCAGAAUGAUGUGAAAGAUCCGAGAACUGCAUCUUUCAUUCACGUGUUAAAGUUACUUGAACACGUAAACGUAGAGCGAAUACUGAUAGAAAAUGUUAAGGGUUUUGAGAAAUCGGAAAUGAGGGAGAUAUUGGUGGAUACUUUGAAGAAAAACGGGUUCGAGUAUCAGGAGUUUAUUUUGAGUCCUCAUCAAAUAGGUGUGCCUAAUUCAAGGCAUAGGUAUUACUGUAUAGCGAAAAAACAGCCAGGAUUCUCUUUCGAAGCAGGACCUUUGAAAGUGGACUUUAUAAAAUCUCCUACAAAAGAGUGUUUUUCAAUAGGAAGUAUAUUAGAAGAAAAUGUCGAUAAACAAUAUUUUUUAUCCGAUAAAAUAUUAAGUAAGUACUAUGGGGUGCUGGAUAUUUCUUAUAAACAAUCUACAAGGUCUUGUUGCUUCACUAAAGCAUACUCUAGAUUUAUCGAGGGUACAGGGAGUGUUGUUACGGAUAAGAAUGAGAACGAGGUUGUUGAAGUUUUUGAGAAAUUAAAAACUCUCGAUUCGGAUGCAACCAAAUUAGAGCUCUUACGUUCAUUGAAUUUAAGAUUUUUCACACCUAAAGAAGUCUGUAGACUUAUGAGUUUCCCUGAUGAUUUCGUAUUCCCUGCAUCAAUAAGCAAUCGAAAAAAGUACAUGGUUCUAGGAAAUAGCAUCAACGUUAAAGUAGUAUCUGAAUUAAUAAAAACAUUAAAUACUUAA